AUGCCAGACGGGGAGAAGAAGAAGGUAGUUGCCCUGUUGUCGGGCGGACUUGACAGCCAGCUUGCGGUAAGGAUGAUGCAGAAGCAGGGCUUUGAGGUAUCUGCGGUGGCCAUCAAGACACCGUUCUGUGAUUUUGACUGCGGCAGGGGCUGCGGUUUUGAGAUAAGGGAGAGGGCCGACGAGCUGGACGUCAACCUGAAGACGGUCUACCUCGGAGAUGAGUACAUCGAGAUGCUAAAACACCCCAAGUACGGGAUAGGCGCCGGCAUGAACCCGUGCAUCGACUGCAGAUCCAUGAUGUUUGAGGCGGCAAAGAAGCACAUGAAGGAGAUCGGCGCGGAGUUUGUCAUCUCUGGCGAGGUCCUGGGACAGAGGCCCAUGAGCCAGCACAGACAGGCGCUCAAGACCAUAGAGAAGGAGACUGGACUUGAGGGAAAGAUACUGCGCCCGCUCUCGGCACGCCUGUUGCCGCCCACAGACGUGGAGAAGAGCGGACUGAUAAGGAGGGAGGAUCUUGGAAUGAUACGGGGACGAACCCGUCGUGCGCAGCUGGACAUGGCGCGGGAGUUUGGAAUAGUCGACCCCCCAAAUGCCGGCGGCGGAUGCCUGCUGACCGAUCCCGCCUUUGGCCUGAGGGCAAAGGAUCUCUUCGGCCACACGGAGACGCCGUCAAUAAAUGACACUGAUCUGCUAAAGGUCGGAAGGCACUUCCGGCUUGACCAGCACACAAAGCUGAUAGUGGGCAGAAGCAUGGAUGAGAACAACGUGAUCAGCGCACUGGCGCUUGACGGGGACAUAACCCUGGAGGUGGCAGACUUUAUGGGCCCUGUCUCACUGCUGCGUGGGGAGACCUGUCUGCAGCAUGUUGACUUUGCCGCAUCUGUGACUGUCAGAUACUCAGAUGCCCCGGCAGACAAACGCGUGGCGGUCAACACGCGCCGCGACGGCAACCAGUCGCAGACACCUGCCAAAAGAUGCGCAGAGGCAGACUAUCUGAAAUUCAGAAUAUAG